AUGGUGCCGCGACCUGGGAGUACUACUUCGAAUGACUGGCCAACGAUCCAAGAGGCAUCGGAGGCAGGUGCGCAGGCGGCUGGAAGGUCGCCGACCGCAAGAGAGCACAGUGAGAGACCUGUCGCGUCGUGGGGCUCUGAGGGAACCUUCACGACAGGCCACGGGGCCAGCGACGACCAGGAGGGCUACGAAGAACAGUUUGCCGUUCCCGAUGCGGCUCCCGACGAGGGAGCCGCGAAGGGCCGCGACGCAAGUCGUGGUCCUACCGGUCGGAAGCCUGCAAAGGCCGACGACCAACAACAACCCACCGCCAAGGCAGCCACGAAGCGCAAGUCGCCCAAGAGGAUGAAAAAGAAGCUGCGCGCGCCGGACUCGGCGGAGGAGUCGCUGUCCAAGCCGCAAGGCAAGGACACGGGACGUCAGUACACCGUCGAGGAGGUACGGUACGUCGUGGCGCGCAUGGAGCUCUUCCGUCUGCUAGAACAAGACCCAAUCUUGGUCUUCCUCAAGCCCAUGCUGAUGAGCAACUUCACGGGCCCCUUCGUCGCGCCGGACUUCGAUAGUCUCACCAGCGUUGCCCACACCGCGCCGACUCUCUUCCAGAUGCUGCGUGACUCGGGGUUCGUGCUGGGGGCUUUCGAGAUGGAGAGGCUGUGCGAUUGGGACCUCAAAUCUUGGUUACGUGCGAUUCGCGUCGUGCACGAGCCCUUGACGAUUCUCGCCGGAUCCGUCAAACAAGACGCGACGAGUUCCGCGACGGGCCAAGACGCGCCGAGCUCCUCGGCGGGUCCAGCCCAGACUUCGACGACCACGCCCUCGCCUCCACCUCGAUACCAAUCGAGCGUGGACUCCGACAGCAGUUUCGAGUCGCCCAAGCGCAUGCCCAUGAACCGGCCGCCGCGCGUCAUGCAGCUAUCCGCGGCGCCCACACACACAGAGGUGACGAAACCCGCCGAGGAGGCAGCGGAUGUCGCCAUGGAGUCGGUCAGUUCGCGUUCUUCGACGAGGUCCAUAACUCGAUGCGACGCGGACGAGGACCCCGAUGACCUGUUCGACUUGGACAUCGGAGUGCCAAGAACCGCGGCCGCCGUCUCGACGGCGACAGCCGGCGGCGUAGCCCUCGCCCGCGUACGCCUCUCAGCAUCUUCCGAGCUGAAAGAGUUCUCGGGACGGGACGCCAGCGAAGAGAAAGCCAGACUGUGGCUCAACCGUCUGAAGUCCGCCGCGCGGCGUGACGGGAUGACGGGCGAAGAAGUGUGCUGGCAGAUCAGCGAUCUAAUGAGCGGCCCUGCGCGCCAAUGGUAUCUCCAGUUGCCCAGGAAGGUCAAGAAAUCAUGGACCGAGCUGAUGGAGCAAUUCCGGGUGCAGUACUGCGGCAAGGGCGUGUCAAUGGCCAGUCGCUACUACCAUGCGGCUCAACGCCCCGACGAGACCCCUCUGGAUUACUUGUACCGGCUCAACGUCGCGGGCAUGAGGGCCAACAUCCCAUACGCCGAGGGCACGACUGAAGAGAAGCGCGAACACGUCGAGCAUUUCAUCCGGACGCUGAACACGCAGGAGGCCGAACUCGCCUCGCGUCUCACGCUGAUGGAGGUCGCCGACUCCGAGGCGCUGGAG